GCUUCCCAGCUCUCCAAUUCUUGCAGCACUUGUUGUGUCUUGUGGCCACUUUGGAGCCAGAUAAGCGUUAACGGAAGACACUGGAUUUAUUUUUAAUACAUUAGAGAUUUGCAGCAUUUAACAGUACUUUCUCUCAUAUAGGCUGUAUACCAAAACAUUACUUUUCUGAAAUACAUUUGAGUGUUGUCGCCUGCGCAUAGCCGUCGGACCGGCCUAUUCGGCAUUGUUUUUUGGGGCGACCGUUAUCCAGCAACAGAGCCAGACAGGAAGAUCGAGGGAACUUAUUCCACGAGCCUCUUUAGACCGACCGGAGAUAAAUCGAGGAAACAUUCGUAAUUAAACAGUUACGUAACCUGGUAUAGGUGGAACGUCACGGAUACGUCUGGUAUCCAACAACAAGUCAACUUUCAGCCUGUCAUUAUUUUAUUUUUGUGAUUUUUUUUUUACGGAGAAAAUUACCGUCCGUGUUCAUGCCAGAUCUGCAGCGCUUUAGUUUUCCAUACCAUAGUAUGAAUCCUUUGUUAGAGGCGAACUCGCUUCUCCAACAUCAACAGCAGCAGAACCAAGGAGGACCGAGUCAUCCGGAUUCCCCCUCAGGCCUUCUACCCGAAGCCGUCUUCUGCUCGCCCGACCCGACAUCUUUCUUCCUGGGCGACCAUCCCGGACUGGGCUCGGAGUCUCUGCCAGGGUUCGAUUUCACCACACCCUCACAAGCUUACCUGCAUCUAAACCACUCUUAUCACCGGUCUGUGCCCCAACGUCCUGCAGCGAUGGCCCUGAGGAACGACCUGGGCUCCAAUAUCAGUGUCCUAAAGACUCUGAACUUACGGUUCCGAUGCUUUCUGGCCAAAGUGCAUGAACUUGAGCGAAGGAAUAAGAUUUUGGAGAAACAACUACAACAGGCGUUGGAUGCGAAGAACAGCUGUGAUGGAAGUUGUUCUGAAAGCGCUAGACGGGCCCAUACCCAAGAAACAGGUGUACAGACCGGGUUUGUGGGAACUAUCCCGCUCAGGCCCGGGUCACUCCCGUUCCAAAACACCAAUAACUCUGCGAGACGACCCACUACCCUCUUCACACCUGCCCUCAACACUGUCCUCACGCUUGAGUCCAAGAACAAAGCUGAAACAAACCCCACCGAACCGAAUCAUAAUCCGACCAUCACGGUAAGCCUAUCAACCCCGACAAUCGACUCUCCAGCCGGGUCCAAUUCAAUCACCAACGGGAAAACGGUUUUCAGUACUGGCACUGGAACCCCCACCAACCCGCCUCCCCGGUUCCUCCCCGGUACUAUCUGGUCCUACAACCAUACCCGCAAGCUUGCUUCUGGCGUGGAGACGCGCGUCACCAGCCCCGGUGUGUCCUGGGUCCAGCCGGACGGGGUCGGGGUCCAGAUUGAUACCAUUACCCCGGAGAUCAGAGCCCUGUACAACGUCCUGGCCAAAGUCAAGAGGGAGAGAGACGAGUACAAACGCAGGUGGGAGGAGGAGUACACUGUCAGAGUGGACAUGCAGCAGAAGAUGGAAGACCUACAGGAGGACCUCCAGGAGAGCGAGGGCUGUCAGGAUGAGUUGGCUGUCAGAGUGCAGCAGCUGAAGUCUGAACUGGUGCUCUUCAAAGGCCUCAUGAGCAACAACAUGUCUGAUCUGGACAGUAAGAUCCAGGAGAAGGCCAUGAAGGUGGACAUGGACAUCUGUAGACGCAUCGACAUCACGGCUCGCCUGUGUGACGUGGCCCAGCAGAGGAACUGUGAGGAUGUCAUCCAGAUGUAUCAGGUCCCUAACACCCAGUCUGCCAUCAACUGUCGCCCUCGGAAACAGACCCCGCUGUCCGUCAACAGUAGUGAGGGUGAUGAGACUAUCAGCACCUCGGAGAGCGAUGGGGGCCUGCCCAGAGAGGAGGAGCUCUGUGGCUCGUCAGCCAAUCAGAUCAACGAGGAGAUGCAGAGGAUGCUCAACCAGCUGCGGGAGUGUGAGUUUGAAGAUGACUGUGACAGCUUGGCCUGGGAGGAGACAGAGGAGACUCUGCUGCUGUGGGAGGACUUCCCAGGAUGCACUCUGGCUCCAGAGACCACCCACCAGCCAGGAGAGCAGGAAGACCAGUGUCUGGAGAAGGUGAUUAACGACACUGAGGACUUAUUCAAAUCCAGGGAGAAAGAAUACCAAGAGACCAUCGACCAGAUUGAGUAUGACUUGGCUACAGCUAAGAGUGAUAUGAACCGUCACCUACAUGAAUAUAUGGAGAUGUGUUCUAUGAAGAGAGGCCUGGAUGUGCAGAUGGAGACCUGCAGGAGACUCAUCACCCAGAGUGGGGACAGUAAGCCUGGCUCUCCUAUGGCUGGUGAGGAGAGCGUUGACCAGGCUAAGAAGGAAGGGACAACAGCGUCGCCUCUUCUCUCCAACUCUCCUCCCAGAUCAUGACCUAUCAAGACAACCUCCAUCACAUGACCUUCAUACCAUCCAAACACUGUACCACGCAACACUCUACCGUCACUAUAGCAACGCCAUGUUUACAUUCUAAACACUAGAUGCUUAUUAGUCUAUUUUUAAUUUUCUUCAUGCUAUCUUCAUUCACAUACCUCAAAAUAGGAAAGUUGCAGAUCUAUCUGUUUUUAGCUACGGUGUAGUGUUGUGUGUUUCCAACAGCUUUUAGUCCCCUCUACUGGAAAGUGGUAUUACUAGCACCAUGGAAGUCUGUACAUAAGAAUCCACUGUUUAGCAGAGCAAAGGUAACGAGGUAAUGGAUUGAAAUACACAACUUGAAUUGAGAAUACCUCAUAGCAACGUAUGAGCAAUAUUUGAAUGAACUCAUAUGAGUUGUAGGCUAGCGUGUACUCUUAAGGUAGUUGUUGGUACUACAGAGAACCAUGGUAUUAACUCCUAUAGCAUGAUCCAUUUCCACACAGCCAUAAUGAUAAACACACCACACACCAAUACAUUCAUGAUAGGCUAGCAUAGCAGAUCAUUCUAACAGUGUGCUGUCCUGUUGCAACAUUGAGGGUUGUUUUCAGACUCCGUCAAACUCACCUAGAUGUAUAACACAGUAAAUAUAAGCCUUAGGGUGUGUUCGUAAAUUCACUCUGGAGUGCCAGAGUGCGCUCUGUGCAUUCGUAAAUUCAACGCUUUGUCAGAUUGUCCGUUGGUAAAUUCGUCGUGUUUCGCUCUUGGAGCGUCCAGAGCGCACGCUGGACGCUCCGGCCGAGGAGUAGGGUUGAUCCGAGCCUUCUGACCUCACAACGGCAGUCAAGCACCCAAGCUAACUGGCUAACGUUGGCUAGCUUGCUAGCUACUUCCAGACAAAAAUGAGAGCACCUCACUCUGACCAUUUUACUCACCCUAGCAGAGCUGGUUUGGCUGUUUACAUGUUAUCCAGAGCGCUGGUGACUAACUGUGAUGCUGGCAACAAUUUAAUUCAGCUUUUUGCCGAUGUUUACUGACACCGGCCCUCUUCAACGGGUGUUGAGCGCUGGUAAAGUCAUCAGUUAUUCUGCGCUCUGGCACACUCAGAUGAGAGUGCUUUGAAAUCGGAGUCGAUAGCCAGAGAACACUUACGCACGCACCCUUAAACAAAGCAAAGCCCAGUUGGCAAGAGAGAACAACUCCAGAUGUAUCACUUUAUUAGCAACCAAACAGAAAUAUACUGUACUGUAUCAUAGUUAUUCAAACGGACUAAAAUAAUAUCAAAUCACUCAUUUUAUCAAGACAUCUACACUUCAUUCAUAGGUAUCGAUGAAAACUAGAAAAAGUCCAAUCGUACACUAAACUCUAAGAUGCCACCAGAUGGCAUCAGAUGGCGUCACUGAUGUCCCCUGUGUGUGAUUCUGCACUCAUGAGUCACAUUUUGAAACAAAAGCCUGCCCGUCUCUCUGCCCUUUUGUUGACACCAGACAGGUUGUCAUGGUAACAUUAUUUUACCGUCCUGUUUCACUUACCUGGUAUUUACCAAGGAAUUAUUGGAUAACAUUGUGUAACAUUGUAUUCUUUCUUUAACACAACUGGUAACUAACUACCUGGUACUAAAUGUUACAUAGUGGUGCUUGUUUCACUGAAUCCCAAAGAACCCCAAAAGUAGUUUUAUUGUAAUUAUAAUGUAAUACCAUUUUACUGUGUCGAGUAAAGUAAAUAGGAGACUGUAACCAGAGUUAACAAGAGGAGAGAGGGGGGAGAGCAAGAGCAGAGUUUUUUGUUUUAGAAUGCAGCCGUAGCCUAGGGUUUCCACUAGAUAACACAGCCACAAAAUCAAAAUAGGCUAUAUCGAAGGUUAGCAGUGUGGUUAAGUUUAGGGUCAGAUUUUAAGAAGAUAAAUUGUAGAAAUAGACAGGGUUUAUGACUUUGUGGUUGUGUAAACUAGUGAUGACCAUAGCCUAGCCUGGUUCCAGAUCUGUAUAUGUGCUUUAGUCAACUCCUCUAACUAUCGUUGUCAUGCCAUAUGCUUUUCUAUGUGACUCCAGAGAGGUCAUCUCUGCCACUGAUCCACUUCUAUCAGGGACUUUGACUUUUGUCAUGGCAUCUAUGGUGAAAUAAGUUCGCUAGAGCACAUACUGAUCUGGUACCAGGCUAGUCAUAGGCUCUGUGUCGGCCCUAUAUGUGGUAGUGCAGUGUGAAUAGUGUAAAUACUCUGUUAAAGCUGAUCUGAGGGCAGCUCUGGGGCCUUGCCCUGCUCUCUGUGUCUCUCUGUCACUGACACAGGGAGAGGGAUACAUAUGACAAAGGGCAUUGACACCCAAGUGUUAUUAUACCUACGAGCUGUCUAAUGUAUACUAAUGUUUUGUUUAGUUUCCAGCAGCAGAGAGCAGAGAAAGCCCUGCUACUCUGUCCUCUAGCAGGGAGAUGGGUAGGCUAGCAGGGAGAUGGGUAGGCUAGCUAUGAUAAGUUAGAUAGGCGAGCUCUAUGUAUCUGUUCUGUGCUCUCUAUUUCUAUGUCUGGUCUGGUUGGUAAGGACUCAAUGCAUCAGUAGUAUUGUAUCAGAGAAACGGAAGAUUGAUGAACAGGCUAUAAAAGACAGAAUGUCCACAGAUGAACAAAUAGACAGACAGACAGACAGAUAGAUAGAUGGACAGAUUAAUGAAUAGAUGGAUAGAUUGAUGACCUGCUGAGAUAAUUUGUGUUUGCUACUUGAGUGCCAAAGCAACUGAAAACAAGCAAUCUGAAUGAACUUUGAGAAAUAUUGCUGAAACAUUGUUAUAGAAGUACUAAAUACUGAUGCUGAAAAGCUAUCUGACACGGUGCUUGAUAUGAUCUAACCUAUUUUUGAGCUUAAAAGUUAGCCGUUUAUAAAGAAAGAGCAAAGCAAAUAUGUAUAUUCAAUAAUACAGCAGUAACAGCAAUAAUACGAGUAUUAUAUGUAACAGAAAAGUAAUAAUGACAUGUACAGAUGUAGGAUCUUAAUUUGAUCACCUUUGUUGCCGAGAAUUUUCCUGUUCUAAAAGGGCUUCUAAAGUUUGUAAUUUCCACUUUGAAAUUUCAGACUUGAUUUUCCCUAAUGAAAAAUGCAUCAACCCAUACAAAAAUGGCCAUUAAUUAUAAUCCACAAAAUAAAUCACAUUUCCUGUUGCUGCAGAAUUUUGUCCUAGCUUAAAUUAAGAUUCUACAUCUGUAAUAAGUCAAACUCGUACACGUCACGAAUGUAAACAAUUACUGAGGAAAACUUGUUUUAUUUUCUCCACUUGUCAUCUAUUUGUAGAUGGGGUGAAAUCGCUACAGCUGAGGAGUAGAUUUCCCCUAUGUUAAUUCAACAUACACAAUGUUAUUAUUCAGUAGAAUGUAGAUGUACAAUACAUUUUUGUUUGUCUUCAUUGACAUUGAAAGAUGCUUGACUUUGAAUACAAAACCUCAGAUAAACAAUAUUUAACUCAAUAAUAGAACACAAGGAUUCCUUCACAAACACUAUAUCUUUAUCAACAACCAAAUGGAGUCCAUUUCAUUUGUGUUUUUCUUUUUCUUGUUUGAUGAGGAAGUUGUUGAAACAGGUGCAGGCUGCUGGUCACACCUCAAUAUUGUAGAAGGGUUUCCAAGGCUUUCUCUGAACGAUUAUAUACGUUGUGAAUAACAGGUUUUGGAACCAUGAUUAAAUGAUAUGCAUGUCUUAAGCUACAGUUGAAGUUGGAAGUUUAUAUACACUUAGAUUGGAGUAAUUAAAACUAAUUUUUCAACCACUCCACAGAUUUCUUGUUAACAAACUAUAGUUUUGGCAAGUCGAUUAGGACAUCUACU